UUCUAAGGAUCAUGUCUGCAAGUCAGGAUUCUCGAUCCAGAGACAAUGGUCCUGACGGGAUGGAGCCUGAAGGCGUCAUCGAGAGUAACUGGAAUGAGAUUGUGGAUAGCUUUGAUGACAUGAAUCUCUCAGAAUCCCUCCUCCGUGGUAUUUAUGCCUAUGGUUUUGAGAAGCCUUCUGCCAUCCAGCAGCGAGCCACUUCCUUGUAUCAAGGUUAUGAUGUCAUCGCCCAAGCCCAGUCUGGGACUGGGAAGACAGCUACGUUUGCCGUAUCUAUCCUGCAGCAGAUUCAGUUAGAUCUAAAGGCCACUCAGGCUUUGGUUCUGGCAUCCACUCGGGAGUUGGCGCAGCAGAUACAAAAAGUGGUCAUGGCAUUAGGAGACUACCUGGGUGCCUCUUGUCAUGCCUGUAUUGGGGGCACCAAUGUUCAUGCUGAGGUGCAGAAGCUGCAAAUGGAAGCUCCUCAUAUCAUCGUGGGCACCCCUGGCCAGGUGUUUGAUAUGCUUAACUGGAGAUACCUGUCCCCUAAAUACAUCAAGAUGUUUGUACUGGAUGAAGCAGACGAAAUGUUAAGCCAUGGGUUCAAGGACCAGAUCUAUGAUAUAUUCCAAAAGCUCAACAGUAACACACAGGUAGUUUUGUUGUCCACUAUAAUGCCCUCUGAUGUCCUUGAAGUGACCAAGAAGUUCAUGAGAGACCCUAUUCGGGUCCUUGUCAAGAAGGAAGGAUUGACCCUGGAGGGUAUCCGCCAAUUCUACAUCAAUGUGGAGCGAGAGGAGUGGAAUCUUGACACAUUGUGUGACUUGUAUGAAACCCUGACUCUCAUCCCGGCAGUAAUCUUUAUCAAUACCAGAAGGAAGGUGGAUUGGCUCACUGAGAAGAUGCAUGCCUGGGAUUUCACUGUUUCUGCCAUGCAUGGAGAUAUGGACCAAAAGGAACGAGAUGUGAUCAUGAGGGAGUUCCGGUCUGGUUCUAGCCUAGUAUUAAUUACCACUGACCUGUUGGCCAGAGGCAUUGAUGUACAGCAGGUCUCCCUAGUCAUCAAUUAUGACCUUCCCACCAACAGGGAAAACUGCAUCCACAGAAUUGGUCGUGGUGGUUGCUUUGGCCGUGAAGGUGUGACUAUUAACAUGGUGACAGAAGAAGACAAAAGGACUCUUCGAGACAUUGAGACAUUCUACAACACCUCCAUUGAAGAGAUGCCCCUCAAUGUUGCUGACCUCAUUUGAGGGGCUGUCCUGCUACCUGGCCCUAGGCAGCAGGGUUCAGUCUUGGGGGGCUGAGGAACAGCUGGAGGCGGGAGGGAAGGGAGCCAAGGGAGGAUGGACAUCUUUUUUGUUUGUUUGUUUGUUUGUUUCUCUCUCUCUCUCUAAAUAAAUGUCAAUUUUUGAGGCAAAAAGAAGGAACCGUGAA